AUGUCAAGAUUUGAAAAUCAUCCGCCGUUCAACGAACAAGUAUUUGUUAAUUCUAUUGGAAAACUUGCAACGGAUCGAAAAAAAUAUGAUUGCACUCUUUGCCCCAAAUUCUUUACACGUCCAAGUGCAUUACAAACACAUAUCUAUACACAUACUGGAGAGAAACCUCAUGGAUGUGACAUGCCUGGCUGCAAUCGUCGUUUUGCUGUGAUUAGUAACCUGAGAAGACAUCUACGUGUUCACAGACCAUCUCAUGUUAGACGUCGUUUGACCUCUCAAGAAAGACGUGGAUAUGUUGAAAGAUUAAUUGAAAGAUCUGGCGACUCACCAUUUGUUCCUGGUGACAGUAUUGAUGAAGGCCAUAUGAACUAUAAUACGUUUCCUUCCAUGUGCUAUUCAUCCAGCUCUUCUACCUCUUCUUCAUCUCCUCGUGGCAGUAUGUCUCCAACCAUGGAAUCAACAACUUACCGUCUCUUGAAACCAAAAGAAACUCGACCCGUGUGUUUAACAGUUCAACAUUUGCUAAAUUAA